AUGAGUACAUCAAUAAAUAAAGUAUUUGAUAAUGUUCCUGAUUGUGUUGGAUAUCUUAUAAUGAAUGAAGAUGGUUCAGUUGAACAUAGUCAUGGUGAUUUACAAAAUAAUGAACAAGCUGCUAAUCUUAUUUAUAAAAUGGUUUUAUGUGCAGCUAAAGUUAGCGUACAUCCAACAAAACAAUUAGCAUUUAAACGAUUUACAGUUUCUGAUGAUCAAUAUGUUUAUUGUAUUGCAUGUGCAAAUCAUCGUAUCUAUGUUGCUAAACGUCGUCAAGAAUCAUCGACAAUUGCUUGA